UGGAAAAGAGGAGGCGUGGCUUCUUGUCUCCAGGGUAGCCAAUAGCUGUAGAAAAAUGUCUUUGGCGCGGACUUCGGGUUGGCGGGAGAUCUUGUGGAGAAGCUAUUCUUUUUCCCGCGGGCUCAGCGCGCGGUGAUAAUAGAGCUUCCAGCUGCCGGCGUUGUUGGGAUGUUGUGUCGUUCGUUAGUCCGUCGCUGCCAGGAUGGACCGCAGGGUUUGGCACCAAGAUUUUCCUUACACCAUCUAUUAGGGCAGUAUCAGUGUAUUAAGGAAGAUGACCAUCCUUCCUAUGGAGAAAUGGGAAUUCCAGUUCCUCCUUUUGGCUGUAGCUUUUCAACAGCUCCAGAUGUGCCACAUGUACUUGGUGUUGCCAAUGAAGAGGGAUUUGUUAGGUUGUAUGAUACCCACACACAAUUGAGCAACAAGAAAAUUGUUAAAGAAUGGCAAGCUCAUUUAAAUGCUGUGUUUGAUCUUGCAUGGAUGCCCUGUGAACACAAAAUUGUUACUGCUUCAGGGGAUCAAACUGCAAAAGUGUGGGAUAUAAAAACUGGUGAACUCUUGGGAGUGUGCAAAGGACAUCAGUGCAGUCUCAAAUCAGUUGCUUUUUCUAAAUUUGAAAAAGCUGUGUUUUGUACUGGAGGAAGGGAUGGAAAUAUUAUGAUCUGGGACACUCGAUGCAGUAAGAAAGAUGGAUUUUACAGACAAGUUAAACAAAUAAGUGGUGCCCAUAACAUCAUAGAUAAAACACCAUCCAAACUGAAGAAGAAAAAACAGAAUGUGAAAGGACUUGCACCCUCAGUGGAUUUCCAGCAGAGUGUAACAGUGGUACUACUUCAAGAUGAACAUACCUUAAUCUCAGCAGGGGCUGUUGAUGGUGUGAUCAAGAUAUGGGAUCUGCGCAAGAACUACACUGCAUACCGGCAGGAACCAGUGCCCUCCAGAGUUUUCAGCUACCCUGGGAACAGUACCCGUAAACUUGGAUAUUCCAGUCUUAUUUUGGAUUCCACCGGUACCAAUCUAUUUGCUAAUUGCACUGAUGAUAAUAUAUACAUGUUCUGUAUGCCAGGUCUGAAGAAUACUCCGGUGACAGUUUUCAGUGGACAUCAAAAUUCCAGUUUCUAUGUCAAAUCCAGCAUUAGCCCAGAUAACCAGUUCUUAAUCAGUGGUUCAAGUGACCAGUGUGCCUAUAUCUGGAAGGUAUCUGAACCACAACUUCCUCCAAUGGUACUUCAUGGCCACCUGCAAGAGGUCACUUCUGUUGCCUGGUGUCCAUCUGAUUUCACGAAGAUUUCCACUUGUUCAGAUGACAACACUAUAAAGAUUUGGCGCUUCAGGCAAAGCACUGCAGAAAAGACUUGGACAGACAAAACCAGCUUAGUUGGUUGGACUGAUCAAAAGACAGUAGUAGAACAAAACAAAAUAGAAAUUCUUAGCAAGCAUGGUACUCCACCUAAAGUUCUUCCAACAGGCAGCCCUCUUAUUUCUUCACCACAGCCAGCUGCUUGUGCUCCAACUUACACGGGAGAUCUUCCACUUCCUACCAACACACCAACAUCAUCUUCUGUCAAAACACCAACCAUCUCAAUUUGCACCUUCACUCCUGCAAAGCAGAAAAUUACUUCAAGCAUCUUAUCGAAACUAGCGCUUCCUUCAACUACGUCCAUUCAACACUGGGUUACAAAGACUCCAAAUUCAUCUCCACCUAUAAGGGAAACAAAGAUAGUUCCUCCACAAAUAGCUGCAGCAGAUAUUCCUGACACUGCCUUUGCUUCUACCUCACCACAUCUGAGGUCAGAAACACGUGCCAAGAGAAGGUUAGAAUCCAGUAGGGAAGAAAAUAUGAUGUGUCUCAAAAGAUGUAACUGUAUGACUGAACAUCACCCAGAGUCUAAGAAAUCCAGACAAGAACAGUUCACUUUGGCAGCAGGUUCAAAGCCUUGUAAAGGAGACUACCUUACCCUUAAUGGAGAAGUACAGAAUAUUCAAAGCUUGAAAGAGCCUUUUUCUCCUAGUAGUCCUUGUUAUUCUGCCACUUGUCUAAAUUAUCCACAUCUUACUGAGACAUCUUGUGAGAAGAUGAUUGACAAGGAAAAUAGUUCUAUUGACAGAAGAACCUGGCUGUCUGAUUUGGGAAAUAAACUACGGACUAACAAGAUGAAUAACUCUAGUGGGUCAUCCUCAUCAUUACGGAAUCCAAACAUAAAACGAAUGGAAGCUAGGACAGGAGCUACAUCACCAGGGCCCAUUAUAACUACAAUAACAAUGAGGAAGAUUUGUACAUACUUCGAGCGAAAGUCACAAAAAAACUAAAGAACUAUGCUUUGUGUGUACCUUAAUGCUGAAACAUGCUUAUUAAUCCAGAUGGAUUUAGUUUUAUCCACAAAAAAGAUACCCAUGCAUUUUAAUUAAAACUAAUAAUUCCUGUUUUUAUUUUUUUUCUAUUUACCAUCUUCCAUUUAAUUGGUUAGGACACUAAUUAAAUUGAGAAAUAGGCUCAAUGAAUGAAACAGCCAAUCCCUUUGAUUGUAAGAUUUGCGUUUAUUUCUUUUAUGGUAAAUUGUAGGGAAAAAAAUUUCAACCCUUUUUUGAAUAUACUUAUUUGAAUGUACUUUUAAUUGCUAAAUUAGCACAUAAUGCAAAACAAAAAAGGAAUCAUCCAUUCAAGAAUGUUUUACUUGAUCUGCCUUGUACUAAAGGAAAUGCCUUUAUUUUAUGCAUCACAGUUUCCCAUUGUUGUAUUAGUGUAAAGAUAUUUUCUUAUAAAGUACACUUUUCUUAACAUUGCAGCUCUUUUUCAUCUUUUGCAAUGGAGCAGAUAAUAAGCAGGAGGGACACAAAGCCUACUGCGCACUCCUGGAGGAAAUCUGACACUUGAAUUCUAAGGCAAUUCAAAGAAGUGGUGAAAGAUAAACUUUUGGCUCCAUGAUUGUUUUGUAUGCUUUUCAUAGCAUACUCAAAUUCCUAAAAUUGACAUACCCAUAUUUUUUGGAGUAUAAGACACUCCGGACUAUAAGACACACCUACCUUUUUUGGGGAGGAAAACAAGAAAAAAAAAUCUGCCUCUCCUCCCAGCAAUUUGCCUCCUUGAAGCAAACAGCCUGUUUCAAUUUCAGGUUCAGCACAGACUGAUCAGCACAAGCAGCUGAUUGUUGGUUGGAUCAGCCUCCCAAAGAUCAGCUGUUUCAGGCUGCAGGGAUUGCCAUAGCCUAUUGCCACCUUUGCAUGCCAUAUUUUGUGGGGGCUAGGGGGUGGGUGGGGCUACAUUCUGUGUAUAAGACGCACCCAAAUUUUCACCCUCUUCUAUGGGGGAAAAAGUGUGUCUUAUAUUCUGAAAAAUAUGGUAUGUUGCCAUGUUCGUCACAUUAGGAAUAUAUAGGUUAUUAAAAUUCUACAAAAAAAUGUGUAAUUUCAUAUCAAGUGAUUAUGUUGCAUUUCUCCAGUAUUUUCUUGAUAUAUGAAGUAAUCAGGUAUGUUAUAGCUAAAUAAAUGUAUAGUCCUGGUGAAAAAAGAGGAUCUUUAUUUUUCUUCUUGGUAAGCCUCCUAUAGUCAUUUACAAAGAUGAGAUGGAUGGCAAACAAGUCAAAUAAAUAAACAAAUCAGCAAUUCCCAAGGUCACUAAGUCAUUGGCUCACUACAGAAGGUAAUUUUAUCUUUUAACACAUUUGUUUUAAAUAUCUUCCUAUGUGUAUUGACCAGUGACAGCUAAUUCAGAACUUAUCCAUAUUAACUGUCUGCAUGGAGGGGCUGGGAUUUUGCAUUCACUCGUGCUCUGCUCUUACAUAAUUGCCACAAUUAUUUCUGAUUAAUGUUUUCAAUUAUUUUUCCUUAUCAGUAUUUGGUAUGUAUAUUUAUCUAUUUAAGCUAAUGAAUGUAUUACAUAUGUUUUGUUUAGAUUCACUUGGGCCGCAGAUUAUUAGAUUUGCAGAUAUCAGAGGACCCUUGUAUUUGUUACAAGUGGUCUUAACACCAGUCAUCCCUCUGAAAUUCAUUUCUGUGUUGCUGCAAGAUGCAUUUUGUAACUUAGA